AUGUCGAUCAAAAUUCCUUUUCUGAGUGAGAUGCUUAAUCUGAGUCGCAAACGCGGAGAUCCUUUAUCUGAACCACAGCAGAUUGAACACAAGCUAUCUGAGUGGCAGCCUUCCUACCUCCAGCGACGAGUGUUGAUCAUAUUUGCGGUCCUAUUUUGUGGAGUCAUAGCUGCUCUCGAAGCACUCAACCAUGUCUCCGAAGUUCAUUAUGCAAUUGCCUCUUCAUACGAAAGCCGCCACUACCUGUGGACUUACGUACCCACUACCAUCUUCACUAUCAUCGCGACCUUUUGGUCGCGCGUUGAAUUUCAAGUGAAGCAAAGAGCGCCAUGGAAGUCGAUGGCUGAGAAGCCCGCGGAGGCUGGAGAAUCCAUACUAUUGGACUAUGUAUCUGGGAUGCAGCCAGCGUCACUGGCCAAAGCCAUAAAAAACAAGCACUUCGAUGUGGCGGCUGCAGUUGCCUGCUCUAUGCUUCUGCGUCUCUCGGUCAUUUUUUCAACCGGCCUCUUUUCACUGCAAACGGGUCAUGUCCGUCAAAAGUCGGUGUCAAUUACAAUUGUCAGUGAAAAUCGGAUCGCCAUUACUCAGGUCUCACUCCGUGUUACGGAGGUUUGCAUGAUACUAGGGAUCUUGCUCGCUGUUUCCAUGAUCAUUCUGGGGCCACACACGACCAUCGCACCUUGGAACCCGACUUCCCUUUCAUCUGUUGCCACGAUUAUGGCAAAAAGCAACGAAAUUGGUCGAUCACUUCGUGGAACAGGUGUGGCUCCAUCAGAUGCGCUUGGUGAUAGUCUGAAAGAGCGGCGCUACUAUUCACAACUUACGCCCGACGGCUUUUUGGUCAAAACAGAAGCAGUUGACAUCAGAAGACUCCACAAUCAAGAGAAACACACCUUGACAUGGGUACCAUUUCCUGGUCUCAUUGCUCGCGGUGUCAUAUUCAGUGCUGUCGCUUUACUUGCUGUAGCCUUGGAGAUUGCAUUCCGUGUCUCGCAAAAGAACGAUGGACUGGGAGACGUCUGCUCCAAUGGAUACCAGCAUUACCUGUGGACGAUUAUUCCCUCGCUAGUCAUGCUUAGCGUUGGUGUCUUGUUCGAAAGGAUGGACUUCAACACCCGAAGCCUCGUACCCUACGCACAGUUGAAACGGCCUGCCGGUGCGCUAUUCGAGGAAUCCAUGGCGGUGAAUUACCCAGAUUCGCUCCCCACAACCCACAUCGUCCGUUCAAUCCGCAGAAAACACUUUGCCAUUCUAGCUACUACAUUAGCUGCCUUGCUCACCUCGUUCCUAGUCAUCGUCACGAGCGGCUUGUACUCUACAGUCGAGGUUCCCCACCGGAUCAGUUUAAAUUUCACACAAGAGAGCACUCUUUACCAAGGCAAUUCAGCAGAUGCUGAUCAAAACUCCAGCGUGAUUGUUGCCAAAGAUAUUCUUCUGAAAAAUCUGACUUUCCCCCGCUGGACCUACGACGAGCUCGCAUUCCCUAAGCUUUCCAUGGAUAUGCCAUUGUCCAGCAAUGAUGCAGAGAAUUCAUUCGUGGACAUUCGGAUGCCUGCUUUGAGAGCUGCUCCUGCCUGUUAUUUCCAAACGGGCAGUCAACUGCAGUGGAAUUUUACAAAGGUCAAGUAUGGUAACGAGUCAACCUACCAACUCAGGGUUCUCGCACCUAGCAUGCCCUGUUCUCUGGAAGGCCAAGACGUGGGAUCGACUUCUUCGACUUCUUCGCCGGUUCUCCUCAGAUCCCAAGGCCUUUUCGGGCAAUCACUCAUGCUCCCAUGCGGCAACAGCCACAUUACUAAACCCGCAACCUUGUAUAUCUGGGGAGAUAUCCAAAUCGAUUCUGCGGAGAAUAUAAGUGCGAUGACAUGUAUUGGAGCCGCCGAAACAGUGGAUACCCUGACAAGAUUUCAUCUGCCUGGCUUCGACAUCACUGAUGACCAUCACCCAGUCCCUGACGAGUCAUCUGUCAGAUCAGCCCCAGAUGUUGAUAUCCCGUGGAUCAGUUGGAACAGUUUCAACACCACAGAUGCUACAGCCGAGAACCCAAACUUGGAUGGGUUUUUCGCAGCGCUGAUUAUGGGGAAAUAUGCGAUCCCAGCAGAAAAUCUCUUGAAUCCAGACUCCAGCGACAUGGUCAUCAAGGCAAUUAACCACCAGGAUAGGAUCCUCAAAGCACAGGUAUUUAACAAUUACUCUCGCGGUGCGGCAGACGGCGUGCUGGACCACGCUCAUGUACCCGGAAACGUUACGGUGUCGAACCGACUGCGUCUAUUGCAAGACGCAACGUCAACGCGCGUUCUUGAAGCGCUUCUCGCUUCUAUCCUCGUGCUGGGGAUCAUCAGUUCCAUUCUCAUCAACACGGAUCAUGUCUUGCCAGAGAACCCGUCCAGCAUUGCCGCCGUCGCUAGUCUUCUUGCUGACUCAAAUAUCCUCGCUCGAUACAAGAAGGUCGUGGGUGAUCCGAAUGAACGGUCCCUUGCUCAGGCUUUCUUUCCCCGGUGUCGCUUUUUCCUCGGGUUCCAGAGGGAUGUGUCUGAUCAAGGAGAUCCUUGGCAGUUAUCAGAAGACCAGGGUUGCGAGAAGUACUGUGUAUACUUUUCAGAGCGGGAUGGUGAGACGAUGCUGGGUAACGGGUCGAUGUGGAUGACGAAGGAAUUCCGGGCAAAGGGAACUAGGGUUGAAGAGCGGUUAGCAUAA